AUGGCGAAGCGGCCGGCGCUCGAGGCGCUGGACGCGAUGGAGGGAGUGAAAUUGCCGGCGCCCAAGAAGCAGAAGAGCGGGGGGCAGCGGGAGGGCGGCGAGGCGGCGCCGUCGGCGGGCUACGGCGAUCUCUACCUGGACACGAUUGACCGCAACGUGCUGGAUUUUGACUUUGAGAAGCUCUGCUCGGUGUCGCUCAGCAACAUCAACGUGUAUGCCUGCCUGGUAUGUGGGCGCUACUACCAGGGCCGCGGGCCGCGCUCGCACGCGUACUUCCACGCGCUCGACGAGGACCACCACGUGUUCAUCAACAUGCAGACGCAGCGGGUGUACGUGCUGCCCGAGGGCUACGAGGUGCACAGCCGUUCGCUGGACGACAUCAAGUUUGUGGCGGAUCCGCGGUACACGCGGGCAGACGUAGCCGGGCUGGACGGCGGGCGACGGCAGACGCAAACGCAAACACAAACGCAACAACAUCACGUGACACUGGCUGGUCGGCCAUAUGCGCCCGGUUACGUGGGCAUGAACAACAUCAAGGAGAACGACUACCUCAACGUGGUGGUGCAGGCGCUGGCCCACGUGCCGCCGCUGCGCAAUUUUUUUCUGCUGGACGAGGUGGCGGCCCAGGAGGCGCGGCGCCGCAGCAGCAACACGGCGACGACGGGCGAGAAGCGUCCGGAAGCAGCAGCCAACCGCGAGCUCGUCCGGCGGUUUGGGCUGCUGGUGCGCAAGAUCUGGAACCCGCGCGCGUUCAAGGCACACGUGUCACCGCACGAGCUGCUACAGGAGGUGGCACUGCGGUCCAGCAAGCGGUUCACGCUGACGGCACAGUCCGAUCCGGCCGACUUUCUUGCCUGGUUCCUCAACCACCUGCAUCUGGGCCUCGGCGGCAGUCGUUCUCGACCGGCCUCGUCCAUCGUUCAGCGCGUCUUCCAGGGCCGUGUGCGCGUCCGCUCCGAGACCCUCGCCGCUGUCGGUGCCCGUGCUGCUGCUGCUGCGGCCGACGACGCCAUGCAGGUCGACGACGACGACAAUAACGACAAGGCUUCGUCCUACCACACCUCUGGACCCCUUCCGGCCACCGCUUCUCCGUCUCUGCCACCACCACCACCGCCUUCAUCCUCUAUCCCACCGCCGCCCGGCGACGAGCAGGAGCGCAACAUUAUCCCGCAGGUGCCGCUGGCUGCGCUGCUGGCCAAGUACGACGGCGAGUCGGCCCGCGAACAGGGCGACGUGCGCCGCCGCUUCCGCCUCCAGGCACCACUGCCGCCGUAUCUCGUCCUGCACAUCAAGCGCUUUUCGGCCAACAAGUUCGUCGCCGAGCGCAACCCGACCAUCGUCACCUUUGACCCGCUCGGCCUCGACAUGCGUCCCUUUGUCGACGGCGAGCCCGGCUCCGCCGAUAGCCCAAUCCCCUACGACCUCGUCGCCAACGUCGUCCACGAGGCCGUCCGUGCCGGCGGCGAUGACGUCGCCGUCGAUUCGGCCGAGGAACGCCGCACUUGGAAGGUCCAGCUGCGUGAGCGCCAGGCGGCAGGAGCGACCCCGCCUGCUCUUGCCGCGCCCGCCACCGCCGCCGAGCAGGACAAGUGGGUCGUCGUCCAGGACCUCUUUGUCGAGCCGGUCGCCGGCGAGCUGCUCUAUCUCGCCGAGUCCUACAUCCAGAUCUGGGAGCGUCGCCGCCCGUCUGCUCCUUCGUAA